UAUGUUGUCCUAUUUGAUGACUAACUUUCCGCCUAUGUUGUAUGCUGCAGAAUUGGAAUCAGGGGUCAUAUUUCACAGUCCCCUCGUACUUAAGCUACUACUUCUUCCAUCAUACACACAACCCUAAUUAAUUCAACUGACAACUUUUUUCUAAAAAAAAUUGAAAGAUUGAAAGGAAAAAUGAAGAAUAUUCCUCUGAUUCUAAUGGGUUGUGGAGGAGUUGGUCGUCAACUUCUCCAACACAUUGUCUCGUGCCGUUCUCUUCACUCCACACAGGGACUGUGCUUGAGAGUUGUAGGAGUUGGUGAUAGUACAUCUUUGUUGGUGUCGGAUGAUUUGCUGCAUAAGGGGUUGGACGAUACCGUUUUGUUACAACUUUGCCGGGUCAAGAGCGCUGGCGAAUCUCUAUCAAAACUUUGUGAUUUUGGGGAAGGCCGGGCGUUUGGGCAUCCGGAGUCAGAAGGAAAGAUUCUAGAGAUUGCAUCUCAACUUGGUAGAAAAACAGGUUUGGUGCUUGUGGAUUGCUCUGCUAGCUUUGACACUGUUGUGGUGCUAAAGCAAGCAAUUCAUAUGGGUUGUUGUGCUGUUUUGGCAAAUAAGAAGCCUCUUACAUCUUCAAUGGAGGAUUUUAAGAAACUUUUCACGUAUCCACGUCAUAUUCGGCAUGAGUCAACCGUAGGAGCUGGUCUUCCUGUAAUAGCAUCCUUGAAUCGCAUAAUCUGUUCUGGUGAUCCUGUUCAUCAAAUUAUUGGUAGUUUGAGUGGGACAUUGGGGUAUGUAAUGAGUGAGGUUGAAGAUGGAAAGCCACUCAGCCAAGUUGUUAAAGAUGCUAAAAGUCUGGGGUAUACUGAACCAGAUCCACGUGAUGACCUUGGUGGAAUGGAUGUUGCUAGAAAGGCUUUAAUUCUUGCUCGAAUACUUGGCCAUCAAAUUAAUCUAGAUAGCAUUCAGAUUGAGAGUUUGUAUCCCAAAGAAAUGGGACCUGAUAUAAUGACUGUUGAAGACUUCUUGGACCGAGGACUCUCGUUGCUAGAUAAAGAUAUUCAAGCUAGAGUUGAGAAGGCAGCUUCAAAUGGAAAUGUUCUGCGCUAUGUCUGUGUGAUCGAGGGUUCAAGGUGUGAAGUUGGUAUUCAGGAGCUACCAAAAAAUUCUCCCUUGGGAAGACUAAGGGGAAGUGAUAACGUGUUGGAAAUAUACACUCGAUGCUAUAGUAAACAACCACUGGUUAUUCAAGGUGCUGGAGCCGGAAAUGACACCACUGCUGCGGGUGUUCUUGCUGAUAUCGUGGAUCUUCAAGAUUUAUUUUCUUGAAAGGAAAAAUUUUUCUAUUCUGAUUAGAGAAAGUAGAAGGUAUAACUGCUACUGAUUUGCCCUGGAAAACUGCUGCAAAUGUGGGUUCAUAAUGCUGAACCAUAUACAGAUGAAAUUGAGUUUGCAUUUUCUUUGUCUUAAAAGGAAAAGUAUCAUGACUAUUGGAGAAUUUUGAUUAUUAGUUUGAAUAACACAAUACUAAUUCAAAGAUGGCAAAUUGAAAAGAUUUUA